AUGGCCGUUGGAACGCUCAGGCCCGGACGCGCGAGAAUGCGCUGGCUCUGGUCGCUUCCACUUCUCAUCUCUGCUCUGCUGUCGGUCUGCCAGGCCGAGCCUCGUCACUACCAAGUGAAUUUGCGUCUUCGAGAGAAUAGUCCUCUGCUGGAGUUGCGUUGUCCCCUCUACCACGCGGCUCCAGGCGAUGUCUUGGUGUUCUCGGACAUGCACCAAAAGGCGGUGAUGAGGGUGGCCCUGCGGGAGGCGACGCCGGCACCUGUGCUGGCUUUGCCCACGGAAAGUCUGAACAAAUAUGCCAAAGCAUUUAUCUUCUACUGCGAGGUGUUGGAAGCCAAGACAUUGAGUUUGGUGUCGAAAACCACUUUCAUUGUGCAAAGGCUAUCUCCAACGAAGAUUAAAGUUCCUGUCUACGACACAUUUCACUACGAGCCUGAGGAGGUGGAUGUUCUCAGGGUGAAACUUGGCGAGACACUGCAGGUCCCCUGUCCGACGAAGGCCGCAAAAGUCGGGUGGUUCAGAGCCGCUGGAGAACAGGUCCUUCACGCAGACUCGAAAACAGCCGUGGAGGUUUUGCAUUUUGCGUCAGUCAAACCCAGUGACUUAGGGGUCUACUACUGCGGUGCACAUCCAACCACGGGGAGUCACACCUCACUGACUGUCAAGAAAUUCAUUGUCGUUGGAAAUGAAAACUCCGUGCUGACGAAGAUGGCGAAAAUGAAUGUGACAGGAGACCACGAAGUGGUCCACGUCUGCCCACAACCGACGGACAGGCCGAGUCCCUCGGACCUGGUCAUCUGGGAGCGACCGCUGGGGGUCGUGCACCUGAUCUACUCUGGAAAACGUCAGAUCACACGCCAGACACCCGCUGACUCCGAGAAGGCAUUCCACUGCUCCGUCGAGGGAUCGAGUGUUCAGCGCGCCCUCAGAAGCACUGACGCUCCGCUGGUUCGAGCUCGACGUAGCAUAGCAAAACCGCAGUUCAUCUUGCGAGAAGUGGGCCCAGGUGCCAAAACAGCCACCGUUGAGUGUAGAUGGGAAGGAGGCGAGAAUGUGCGCUAUGAAUGGCUCCACGACGGUCAAGGUGUCAUCGGUACAGAACCGCAACAGGAGGUCAACUUGGCCACUAUGCUGGAACGCGGUGCUUCGCAUCCAUCCGAUGACGGCGAACGCUACAUUUGCGCGGUCUUCGACGCCGACUCUGGCGAAAAGUUAAGCGAAAACACUUUCACCGGUGUGACCAAAUUCAAACAGCCAGAACUUAAUUCUGUUGAACUAACAGAGGAGCCGGACAGCAUUACUAUGCUUUAUCCCGACGAACAAUUGGAAAUUCACUGCGACAUCCCGUCAUCGGCUCCUUUCCGCGCAAGAGAUGUCGACUGGUACAUUAAUGGUAAGAAGCUGGGGAGAGUAGCGAAUCGUGUGGACACCGGCAAGUCCAGUAUCCUUGGCUACAACGAAAUGACCGCUGACAGGUCGGGGACCUAUGCCUGCCGCUUUGGGGACACUGUUCUCUCCACUCACCUCUUAGUUCGGGAGCGCACCGUCUCAAUCAACAUUGAACCGAAAGAGGACCACAAAUCAAGCGGAAUCAAUGAUGCGGCUGAAUUCCACUGUCGUGUCAGCGGCGUAAAAAAUGGCGGCAAAGAUAUCCAGUGGAGUUUUAUUCCAGAAGGCUCUACUGACGAGGAGAGCCUUCCUUGGGAUGUGGAAACGGACACGCCAGCUGCGGUACCUGCCACGAGCUUCAUCUACAUCAGGAAUCCUGAAAAACGUCACGAAGGACAGUACAUCUGUCGCAUUCGACAGCAAAUGGACGUGGCCAGACUCAUAGUUGAAGACAAAAAAAUCACCGUCAACCCCGAAGUGGUUACCGCGCGUCCUGGAUCGACCGUGCGCUUCUUCUGCUCGGUGACCCUGCAAGACGGCAGGUCACCGAGGGGUGGCGUCACCAAGGUCACGUGGUUCCGCAAAGACCGUAACCUUCUGGAACCUGGCCGUGAGGAGAUCAUCACGGGCACCAGUGCCAGCAACGCAGCAGUUCUGGUGGUCAAACACGUGGACCGGAACUCCAACGAUGUCGUCUAUGUCUGCUCUGACGGCUUCCGCACGGCUGAAGCGAAGAUUCUGAUCCAGGAAGUUUGUGGUCCGGGGGAGAGAUCGUGCGGCGGCGACAAGUGCAUUGCCGAGAACCUCUUCUGCAAUGGAGUUCCCGAUUGUCCUGACGGUUCAGACGAAAUUCCCGAACGCUGCCGUGAGUGCGAACCAAACCAAUACGCCUGUCUGGCUUUCGAAGGCAAGGAACCUUCACGAUUCUGCUACCUCCGUUCGUGGCAUUGUGACGGUGAAGACGACUGCGGAAACGGUUUUGACGAAUCCAACUGUCCAGAGGCGGAUCCCAAGACGCCGUGCAGCAAUAAAUUCUUCCUCUGUCCCGAAAACCAUCGUCCCAUUCCUCGUUCUUAUCUCUGUGACACUCAAGAGGACUGCGAGCCCACAGGCAGCGACGAGACUGACUGCAGUCGGCCUAGCGUAAUUUAUCCGCCUCGAGGUCAUGACGUGCUGGGAAUCAAGGGCACAAAUGUCACUCUGAAGUGUGUCAUCCACGGCCGACCGCCGCCAGCCAUUAACUGGCGCUUCAAUUGGGGUCCGAUCAAGACGGAUGUGCCCUACGUCGAAAACACCACCGUGGAGGGCUGUGAUCGAGUCACCAGCUACCUCACCCUCAUCAAUAUCGAUCCACGCGCCAGUGGAAUGUACACCUGCGAAGGCGUCACCUAUCAGGAUCGCGUUCUCGCUCCUGAUUACACCGUAAAUGUUGGAGCUGGAACCUAUUGUACGGAGCCCAAGUUUAACGACGCAGCUUGGAACGAGGACAUGUGUCUCGACUGCUACUGCUCCGGUGUCUCUGAGGCCUGCACAAGCCUCCGUGGCUACUCAUUGGCUCCUUCUGACAAAGUGGCCAAACCGUCAAUUUCCGAUGUGCGUCUGGUUGCGUACGAUUCUCUGGAUAACGAACUUCCGGGUGAACUGCAAGGACUUCAGCUCACCGACUCGACCUUCACCAUUGCAGUCCCAGACGCCAACAACACCUACUUGGAGGGGACGUUUGGCCUGACUGGAGACUGGACAAACUCGUACAGCCUCUUUCUGAAGACGGACGUCACCUUGGUGGGCCCCAUGACUGGCUACAAACCAAUGGCUGCCAUUGUCCUUGAGGGUAACGGGGAGAAAAUUUACUUCUGUAAUCCACCGAACAAACCAGUUCUGUACACCGACGCGAGUGGCUACCAGAACGCCUUGAAUGUUCGCCUAACCGAGCGCGACGGCUGGGUCACUGGAAGUCCCGAUUGCGAGGGAGACUCGGUCCCCGUCACCCGCGAGCAGAUGAUGCGAGUGCUGGCAAACGUGGAGAAGCUCCGCUUUCGGGUGAACCUCUACGCGGGUCAGCAGGCCUACAAGCUGGAGAACUUGCGACUGGAACACGUCGUGCCAAGUGACGCCCUGGGAACGCUGCACCCGGAGAUUGAGCGAUGCGAAUGCCCAGAGGGCUACAAGGGGUUGUCUUGUGAACAAUGCGCGAGUGGUUACGAACACGAUCCAAAGGAUCCGACCAAGUGUCGCCUUGCCUGCGCUUGUGACGAAUGCGACUCCGAGGGCAAUUGCAUCAACUGUCCUGGAAAUGCAACAGGUCCUGACUGUCAGGAGUGCAAGAUCGGCUUCUAUCGAGCCCCCGACCAGCCCACAUCUGCUCCAUGCCAGCCCUGCGAGAAGUGCGGAGGCGGUCUGCCCCAGUAA